UCUCCGCAGACGAUGGUUCUUUCAUCGCCACGCUCGCACAACAACGUGUUGCCCGUGAGCAGUGAAGCAGAAGGACGGAAGAUAUCGGCGAUAUCAAGCAAUUAAAAAGCUUCCAUAUAUCAUCCACCCGAUAAAUACCACGUUAAUCAAUCAACUGUUCAAAGAGGGGCAGACACGUGAUCGCGUGUUUCCAGGCAGGUCCGCAACUCCUCCGUCAACCUUUGACCCGGUUAUCUCCGAUGAUCUCACCUGAAGGUUCAGCCUUACGUAAGCGGCAGGUAUAAGGCGCGCACCUUCACCUGGCCGGCCGCACAAUCCGCUGAUGCUGCACCCCCCCCCGCCGGCGCUCGCUCUCUGCAGCAACACCAGCCAGCGACAGCCAACCCGGAGACAGAGUCAGGCGCACGGAGGCAGGCAGGGAGGGACACGCCCGCCGCCAUGGAUUCCUGCUGCAACGCCAGGUGCGGGCUGAUCGCCGGGGCUGUGAUCGGGGCUGUGGUGGCCGUGCUGGGUGGCAUCCUGAUCCCGGUCGGGGACAUGUUCAUCGAGGAGACCAUCAAGCAGGAAUCCGUCAUCGAGCCCGGGACGCCGGCGUAUGAAAACUGGGUGUCAACGGGGGCCUUCGUGUUCAGGCAGCUUUGGUUCUUCGAUGUGCAGAACCCCCGGGAGGUGGUGGAGCAGGGGGCUGAUCCGCUGCUGCUGGAGAAGGGACCUUAUACCUACAUGGUUAGCUAUUUACCCAAAGCUAACAUCACCUUCAACGCCAAUCACACCAUCUCCUACCUGAUGCCCCUGGAGGCCAUCUUUGUUCCGAUCAUGUCCGUGGGAUCGGAGCACGAUAUCAUCACCUCGCUCAACUUGGCUGUGGCCGGAGCUUACUCGCUGGUUCCCAAACCUCUCCACGUCAUGCUGGAGGCCAUGAUGAAGGCCAGCAACUCCUCCUUGUUCCAGCGCCGCACUGUCAAGGAGCUGCUGUGGGGCUACCAAGACCCCCUUUUGAAAGGUGUCGUGGGGCUCUUCUCGCCUUAUAACGGCACCUACGACGGCUACUACAACAUCUUCAGCGGCAAGGACGACGUCUCCAAAGUGGGCAUCAUCGACACGUGGAAAGGAUCCAAGAGCCUCAGUUUCUGGAACGACCCGUACUGCAACAUGCUCAACGGCACAACUGCUUCCUCCUUCCCGCCCUUUGUGGACCAGACCAAGCCGCUCUACUUCUUCUCAGCAGACAUCUGCAGGUCCGUGUCGGCCCUCUACCAGCAGACCUUAGACCUGAAGGGCAUCCCGGUGUACCGCUUCGGGCUCCCGCCCUCCACUUUUGCCUCGCCGGACGUCAACCCUGACAACCACUGCUACUGCAAGGAUCCCAAGACCACCAAGAACUGCACCAUCGCCGGGGUGCUGGACCUGAGCUCCUGUCAAGAAGGAAAUCCCAUCUACAUGUCUUUGCCUCACUUCCUGUACGGAAGUCCGUCCCUGCUGGAGGCCGUGCAGGGACUCCGGCCCAGCGAGGAGCACCAUUCCACCUUCCUGGACGUGGAACCCAUGACCGGAUUCACCCUCAGGUUUUCCAAGAAAAUCCAAGUGAAUAUGAUGUACGGACCCUCCAAAGUCAUCACGGCGCUGAAGAAGGUCAAGGACUACACCAUCUUCCCCAUCGUUUGGAUGGACGAGUCGGCGGAGUUGGACGACGAAACGGCGGAGCUGCUGAGGAUGGAGCUGCUGGGCAGCAUCCAGCUGCUGGACAUCAUCCAGAAGGCCAUGCUGGGCUGCGGCGUGGCCGUCUUCGUCGUUUGCCUGACGGCGUACUGCAUAGUCAGGAGGAACCACAACAAGUCGCAGAUCGCUUGAGCCAAUCCAAACGCUGCUGUGGGACUUUCAUAUUAACUUGCACUUUUUGAAACGUCUAAUUUCAGUGUUAUUAAUAAUAAUCAUGUUAAUACUGUGAAUUUUGUAAAGAGCUCAAACAAUCAGGGACUUGGAGGUCAGGUUUUUGAUCCUUUAAUCGGCCACCCGCCGUCGUGUCAGAUAAGCUAAUGUUUUUUUCCUGUUUUGCUUAACUAGUGGCUUCAAAUGAAU